UUUAAGCGCACUGUUCACAUAAACUAAUGACGAAGUACACAUCGGAAGUUGAAACUGGCAUACAAAGAAUUCCACAAAUAAUUUCAUUCAUUCCGUUUCGAUUACUCUGGAUUUAUUUUGACAGUCCAGAGUUUCUACAGGGUGUAGCCAAAAAUGGCAAAUUCACUUGAAGAGGAAAGUCUAGAAAAACUGAAGCAAUGGCUAGUUCUAUACAGAGAUGAUGGUGCAUACAAAGUAGUCUCCAAAACAUUUAGUCGAGAAAGGGCACUGUGUGUCACCCAACUGUUGGCAGAUGGACAUGGCAAGGAGGUUUUAUCUCAGAUGGAAAAAUGUAGUUCAUCAACAGCCAUAAUAGACAGAGAGCCAUUGUUGUUUGCAUUUGCACUCUGCUGUAAAUCCACAGACAAAAAUACUAAGAAACAAGCAGAAAUGAUAUGUGAUAAAAUAUGUAAAACUUCCUGUGAUUUGUUCCAAUUGCUUAAAUUUCAUAAUAAGCUGUCCACAACAAAGAGCUGGGGAAGAUAUUUCAAGAGAUUUAUAAGCAAUUGGUAUCACAAUCAAGACAUAUAUCAAUUAGCCCACAAUGCCAGUAAAGAAGUGAGUUUUUUAGGAUGGUCACAUAGGGAUGUUCUAAGGAUGGGACAUUUAAAGCCCAAGACAGAUGAAAUGGACCUCCUCUUCAAGUAUCAAGUCCUUGGCCUGACUGAAACCAAGAAAUCAUUUGGGAAGUCGGAGAAGGAAAGCAUUCGGAAGCUCUUGGAAUUUUUCACUGCUGUUCACACUGCCAAACAUAGUGAUGAUGUGCAGCAGGUCACUAAACUUGUGGCACUACACCACCUUAAAAAGGACCACCUACGCACUGUGUUACUCAAAGAGAAGGAGAUAUGGACAGCUUUGCUGAAAGAAAUGACAAUACAGGAAAUGCUGGACAACAUAGGACUGCUGGCUACUAUAGGAUAUCUGGAGGGGUCUUGUGAGGGAAGUCAGACUGUCAUAGACAAACUUCGCAAUGAAUCUUUGCUGAAAGAACAAAAUGUCCAGCCAUUUGAGUUGAUUAUUGCCUCUAACUAUUACAAAGAGGGCAGAAAAAAGGGAACUGCUUGGCAACAGAAUGAAAAAGUGAUUAAUGCCCUGGACUUUGCCCUGGACUACACAAUGAAGAACAACGUGAAGUCCACAAAUAAACGUUAUGUUGUUGGUAUUCGUGUUGGCGUUAACAGAAACAAAUCCACGGUGCGAGGCACAAUGGUGCUCUCCACGACGGCUGCAGCUGCUGGUGUUGCCAUGGUGAUAAAGAGGGGUGAGGAGAAAACAGACGUUGUCUUUUUUACUGACACUGUCACCCCGCUUAUGGUUACCAAUGAAACCAAACUCACAGACGUAAAUAAUGAGGUGGAGGAGCAAGUAAAGAAAGCGGAUGAAAAGAAGGAGGAGGAUCAACCCAAACUUGAGGAAGAUGAUGGAGAGGAAGCUGACAUUUUUCUAGGGAUGCCCCCAGAUCCAUGUGACUUGGUUGCCCCAAUCCAGUGGGCCACAGAUCAGAAGAAAGAUGUUGAUGUCUUCAUUCUGGUCACUGAUGCCAACAAAAGCACUGGCUCCAAAAAUUUAGGGGAAGCCAUAGCACUCUAUAGAAAGGACAGGAAUCUACCAAACACAAAGCUAGUAACUAUUGGUUUAACAAAUUCAAACAUGAAGUUUGCCAACCUGGAAGACCAAAACAUGCUGGAUGUAUCAGGAUUUGAUGCUAAAGUUCCCAGAGUAAUCCAAGCGUUUGUGUCAGAAGAGUACUAAAAGUUCAUCGAUAACUCGUGACGAAAACCUUGGCAUAAGUGAACGUGCUUCUCUCAGAUUCUAGAGGUGUUGUUUGCCUUCCAUGGUAGAUUGUUUUGUGGAAUAGGUUUUUUUUUUUAGAAGAAAUUAUAAUGGCUUGUGGUUUAUCGAAAUGAAGAAGGAUAAGGGAAAGAGAAGAUUUUUAUAUUUGUGUUUCUUGUAUCAGAUUUCAUUACAGAACCCAGAAGAUGAAAUAUCUUGAGACAUGUAAUGGUUUUUCUGUGAAAUACUAGUAAAUUGAUCAAGUCUUCAUUCUGUCUAGAUUUGACAUACAUGCAUGUCUACGAUGUCUUCAGUGAAGACUGUCAUUUCAUGUUUGCUAGAUGAGAUUUUGUUUUUGGUGCAAUACUGAACAUAAAUUCUAUCCUUACUUUUCAAGAGGAUGUUGUGGCUUUUAACCUUCCCAGUCCAUUGUAAGCGCUAGUUCUUGCCAGCUUUCAUGUUACUGUUAACACUUAUUUUUAAGACCAUUGUUCAGAUGACCAAGCUUAGUCUUUGUGUCUUAGCACGUAGAACUGAUGUGUUAGAUAACUAUUUGCACAAGUUGAGAAUUUUUCAAUAGGAAUAUAAAUGGGUCUGCGGCAAUAAAAAGAUACGGAAACCAGCUGACAUUAAAUUCUGAUUGUAGUCAAUGUUGAAUCAGGGUGGAGUUUGUUGAACCUUUUGUGAUGCAUAGUUUCCCCAAUUAUCUGUGAAACAUACUUUGCAUUUUAUAAACUGCAAUGUACAAUCCCAAGCAACAAUAAGUAGGAUAAGAAGACUAAUUGACUUCAAUACAUAACAAAGGUAUAAAAUUCUAGUCAGAGUGGAAUGUGGACUUUUGAUGUUUGCGACAAACCCAGCGAUUGUUGAUAUUUGUAAUGCUCUAUUUGUAAAGAUCUUAGUUUUCAUUCAGUGAUUUGUACAUUAUAUAUUACUGGUUCAAUGAGCUUUUAUGAAAUCUCUGCUUUUGAAUCAACACGAUUGACCAAAAUAUUGGUAUUGUAAUUUGAACCAAUUAUGUGCCUUUGAUUGAAACCCAGAUCAUGUACAUAUAUUGCAAAAAGAAAGAAUUUCUGUCUAUAGAUUUAAUGUACAAAAAAAUUUUAUCACCUGAAUUUAAAACUGGAGUAAAUUUGUCCAGAGUGAUACAUUUAAAUAGCAUUAUAUCGCAGAUACUGGACAAGGAAUUAAAAUUUGCGUAUUGUAAAAUUCAAAUAUGCCCCCCCCCCCCCCCCCCCCCAAAAAGAGAGAACAGAAAAUUGUGUGAAUUGAUUUUUUCAAGUAUUUGAUGUUUAGAAGUAGACUACAUGUACAAUAAUUAUUAUCUUUUUCACUAAAAAGUAAAAGUAUCUGACAAUUUCAAAAUACGUGGAUAUGUAAUUGUCAUUUCUAUUAAUUAUAUCGGAGUUAUUUUGUAGUUUUAUACUUCAGUAUGAGGUGUAAUUACUCUGUUAAUUUUAAGCAUUAUGAAUAAAAAACUUUUAAUUAUGUUUAUAUGUAUGUAUACAUUUAGAAUUACGGUAUAACUGGUGCAGUUUCCGUGUAAUCUUAUUAACAAGUCUGUUGUAAUAAUUUGGUAGAUGAGUAGAUUUUAUAAUCAUGCAAUUAGAAUUUCAAAGGUUUGUGUGAAGCCGUUAUUUACCUCAUUUUAUAUUUUUAUACAAUAAUGAAUAUUUCAGAACUAAUUUAAUUUAUUUAAUAUGUACAUCAUGUGAUUUAUACAUGUACAAUACAUAUAUAUUAAAAAUCUCAAAAGUCGUCGAAAUCCUGCAUAUUCUACAAGAAAAAAUAAAUCACUGAAAACCCAUACAUGUGAAUAUGAAAUGUAAUACUUUAAUAUCAAAAUAUUGAAAGCAGAGAACCUUCUGCAAGGAUUAUUCUCGGUGUGAUAUUUACAUAUGGUGAUCGAAUUGUUGUCUACCCCUUGAAGUUUAAUUUUGUACACCUCGCAAUUUUGUCUUUCAAUGUUCAAUGAUUUUUUGCAUACUGUCUGUUUUUCCAAAGUUAUUUUGUUGAAUUAAUUUAUGAAUAUGGUUUUCUUUUUCUUUUUCAAUAAAGCUUCGAAGUCAAUGCAUAAGCA